AUGGAGAAACCCGUGUUCAGUAAGGACGUUGUAAAGCACGGCAAUGUAUCAGACGAUUCAGACAAUGAACUUGAAGAUUACUUGAAGGCUGUACAAACUGCUGAACAUUUAACAGAAAAGCAGAAAAAAGAUGCUUGUGCUAUGCUAAAUGAUUACUAUGUAAGUCUUUUGUUGUCUUUGUUGAUUUCAGGUUGUUGCAAUCCAAAUUCUUCAAUAUUAUUAAUCUACUUUUUAGAAACUGAACCUGAAGUACAAGGAACGCUUAGAAAUGGACACACGAAUUAAGAUUGACAAAAAGAAGGGUUUUAAAAAGAAUGGCGAUCGGAUUUUGUUUAACAAUCUUAAAAGGAUUCAGGAGAAGAUCAAGGAGAUUGAAGGGAAAUUGGAGGACCUUGACAUAUACUUUGAUUUCAAUGUGGACGAGCCUGAGUAGGUCUAAUUAGCUUUAUUUCCGUUUUUUGCGAACAUUUAAUGUAUUUGGUAAAUUUUAAAAUUUAUGCUUGGCUUUUGUAAAUGUGACUUUUAGGAUCAGGGCGGUAUUUUACACCUCAAGUUCAUUUGAGCCGUUGAACGAGAAGAUUAACGAGUACAUUAACAAUCCGAACAACGUGAACAAGGAAGGAAUGUGAGUUGUGUACAUUUGAUAAUGUCAUUUAAUAUAAUGAGUUGUUUUUGCAGUAAUAUAUUAACAUAGAGCUUUUUUAUAUACGUUUAACAUUUAGUUACAAACAUAUUUCCAGGUUGGUCACUGAAAAAGUCGUGAAAAAGUUUUUGAAAGACCUGAAGGAGGAACAUGGUGAAGAUAGGAUGAUUAAGAAGGGGAUUCCGCUUAAUGAUGGAGAAGAACUUUGUGAGUACUUUAUUAUACGGCAUUUACUUUUAUGUUUGAUAAGCUGUUUUUAAAACAAAGAAAUAUAUUUUUGUAAAGUUAAUGUGUUUUUCUGUUACAGAUGUUUUUGUAAGACAACUGAUGCACAGCGUUUCCUCGUAUGUGCAUCUUCACCGUGUUCGUGUUCCGUUUUUUGAACGGUAUAAUCCAGGGGAAGCGAGUAGGUAUUUUAUAGUUUUUUAAAGUUUCCGUUUUUACUUUUCUAUUAUUAAUACUUUGUGGCUUUGUUAGUGGUUAAGGUAUGGUUUUUUAAUUUUAAGGUAUGGUUAAUUAACUAACUCAUUUUAGUUGAUGACUACAUUGAAGACGCUGUGAAAACCAUUGAAAGCAACGAAACUAAAAACCUUAUUAAAGAAGUCUGUAUGAAGAAAGAAGAACCGGCAAGUGAUGAGGAAAAAUGGGCGGAUGAUCUGGAAAAUGAAGAGUUGUUGAUGAAGAACAAGAAAGAAUUUGCUUCGGAGCUGUUAGAAGGUCUUUUAGAUGAUGAUAAAGAUAUAGAACUAGAUGAUUUGAGUAUUAUCGACAAGGAUGACGACAUUGUGGAGUUGGAGGAAGAUGAUGACACACAUGACGGGUUCGGACAAACUUUAAAUGAGGGUGAUGUUGUUAUUGGUGAUCGAGAAGUGAAGAAGCAAGAAAAGGAGGACCUUGACCUUAAGCUGCCAAGUACUAGUGACAAACAAGUCCCAACGAAAAGAAAAAGGCAUCAUUCGAAGACCGACAUCGUCAAACGACCAGUUUUGGACAAUUUUUUCAAGAAUUCGUCCAAUUUGGAUAUUGUCACUUUGGAAGAUUCUGACGACGACAUUAUCUGCAUCUCAUGA